GAUCAGCCAGAAAAUUUAGUCUGCACUUUGGCUUUAAAGUGGUUAGAUGUGUUUGUGGCCGUCGUGACAAGUUGCUUGUGGCGUCGAUUCUUGAUUAAAACAAUUUGCAUUGCUUUUUUACGAUAAAAUACGAAAUUUGCUACAAUGGCACAACAUGAUACACUAUUUAACCGCCCAGGUCCAAAUCGUUUGAAGGCAACAGAUGUCUACCGCACCGCUGACCCUACACAACCAGUUAAAAUUCGUUUCUCCAAAGAUGGUUUGGGAGCUGAAGAACCAAUUUCCAUUCCCGGCUUACUUAAACGUUCUGCCAACAAUUAUCCAGAUUUUCCAGCCCUAAAAACAAAGAAUGAAAAGAAGGAAUAUACAACCGUCACAUAUAAACAAUAUGAACAGAAAGUGCAUCAGACUGCAAAGGCCUUUAUCAAGUUAGGACUGGAGCCACAUCACUCUGUGGGCGUGCUAGCCUUCAAUUGCGCGGAAUGGUACUACUCAGCAAUGGGCGCCAUACACGCUGGUGGUAUUAUUGCCGGCAUUUACACCACAAACUCAGCGGAGGCUGUAAUGCAUGUGUUGGAAAAUUCUCGCGCACAAAUUGUUGUGGUCGACGAUGCCAAACAAAUGGAAAAAAUCCGCUCCAUUAAAGACAAAUUACCACUAUUGAAAGCGGCUAUACAAAUACAGGAGCCUUAUGCACCGUUCAUGAAGAAGGAAGACGGCUACUAUAGAUGGUCAGAAAUUGAUGCCAUGAAUGUCAACGACAUGGAGAAUGAAUUGAAGACACGUCUGGAAAAUAUUGCCAUAAAUGAAUGCUGCUGUUUGGUCUAUACGUCUGGUACCGUUGGUAUGCCAAAGGGUGUUAUGUUAAGUCACGAUAACAUUAGCUAUGACACACGCGCUAUUGUUAAAUCAUUGGAUCGCGUCACUAUUGGCUCUGAGGUCCUUGUUUCAUAUUUACCAUUGUCUCAUGUGGCAGCACAAACUGUGGACAUAUACACAAUGACUUUAAUAGCUGGCUGCGUAUAUUUCGCUGACAAGGAUGCACUUAAAGGAACAUUAGUCAAAUCAUUACAAGAUGCACGUCCAACAAGAUUUAUGGGUGUACCACGUGUGUUUGAGAAAUUUCAAGAACGUAUGGUUGCCGUUUCCGCUUCAAGUGGUAGCUUCAAAAAAAUGCUCGCAAGUUGGGCAAAGGGUAUUACACUCAAACAUUAUAUGGAAAGUCAGGGUAAAAACUCAGGUGGAUUCCGUUACAACAUUGCAAAGAAAUUGGUUAUGUCAAAAGUUAAACAAGCACUUGGUUUCGAUCGUUGUAUUACAUUGGUUAGUGCUGCAGCACCUAUGUCACCUGAAACUAAGAAAUAUUUCCUCAGCUUGGAUUUAAAAAUUUUGGAUGCUUUCGGUAUGUCGGAGACGGCUGGCUGUCACUCUAUAUGUCAACCCGAUACACAACAUUUAAAUUCCAUUGGCAAAACUAUGCCUGGCUGUGAAACUAAAGUAAUCAAUAAAGAUUCGAACGGACAUGGCGAGUUGUGUUUACGUGGACGUCACAUUUUUAUGGGCUAUAUAUACAAUGAAGAAAAAACAGAAGAAUCAUUAGAUGAUGAUUGUUGGAUACAUUCAGGAGAUGUCGGUUAUGUAGAUGAGAAAGGCUACAUUUAUCUAACAGGACGUUCUAAGGAAAUUAUUAUCACAGCUGGUGGUGAAAAUAUUCCACCAGUACAUAUAGAGAACUUAAUCAAAAAGGAAUUAGAUGGCAUCUCCAAUGCGUUCUUAGUUGGCGAACAGCGCAAAUAUUUAACUGUUAUGGUUACUAUUAAGACAGAAAUGGAUCGUGACACUGGUGCGCCAUUGGAUGAGCUUUCCCAUGAGUCUUUAAUGUGGAUGAAACAGUUAGGAGUAGAACAUAAAACACUUAGCGAUAUUUUAAAUGCCGGCCCUUGUCCAAAGGUUUGGAAAUCAAUUGAAGAUGGCAUUAAGGCUGCGAAUAAGCAUUCCAUUUCCAAUGCGCAAAAGGUGCAGAAAUUUGCUAUUUUGCCACAUGACUUCUCCAUUCCUACUGGCGAAUUAGGUCCUACCCUGAAAGUCAAACGCAAUGUAGUUUCUAAGCAAUACGAAGACGUCAUUGAGAAAUUGUACGCCUGAAACGUUUUAAAUACCAAAAAUAAAUCCUGAAACUAAAAGACCAAAAAUUAA